GGCGUGCGCGUGCAGGCCCUCGUGUGGCUUUACCUGGGGCUCCGCCGGACCUCCGGUUGGACCUGCGAGGGGCCUCGAUCGUCGAUGCCCGGUCGGACCCGGGAGCUUUUGAUGCUGCGGCUCGAGAGCGUUUGAAAUGCAGGCCCGUUUUUCGAUGCAAAUGUCGGAGCGCGUGCGGCGGGGUUCGAGGGAGGGAGAAGAGGCCAUAAAAGCGCGCGUCGGGGUGGCGCCUCUUAACUGGCAGAGAGUCUGGCAAACAAGAGUCCAGGCAGGAGAUCCGGGAAGGACUGGCUCUGGUUAAAGGAAAACCCGAAGGCGAGGGAGCGCGACUCCUCUUUCGGAGGCAGCGAUUAUGCGCAGCAGAACUCGUUCGGAAAGAAGAUGUACGUGAGCUACCUUUUGGAGAAGGACUCGAGCAUGUACCCGAACUCCGUGAGACACCCGAGCCUCAACCUGAACCCCCAGAACUUCGUCCCGGCGCCUCCGCAGUACUCGGACUUCACGGGGUACCACCACGUGCCGGGCAUUAACAACGACCCGCACCACGGGCAGAGCGGAGCCUGGAACCCCACGUACGCGCCGCCGCGGGACGACUGGACCCCCUAUGGCGCGGGAACAGGACCCUCCACCUCAAACCCGGGCCAGAUCAGCUUCAGCCCCCCGGAGUUCUCACCCGUGCAGCCUAACGCGCUCCUGCCUCCGUCCAUGAACGCGCCCGUGGGACAGCUGUCCCCGAACUCCCAGCGCAGGAACCCGUACGACUGGAUUCGCCGCAGCGCCCCGCCGUCCAACUCAGCAGGUAAGACUCGCACGAAAGACAAGUACCGAGUGGUGUACACAGACCACCAGCGGCUGGAGCUGGAGAAGGAGUUCCACUACAGCCGAUACAUCACCAUCAGGAGGAAGGCGGAACUCGCCACGGCCCUAAACCUCUCCGAGCGACAGGUGAAAAUCUGGUUCCAGAACAGGCGAGCCAAGGAGAGGAAGGUGAAUAAAAAGAAGAUGCAGCAGCCACAACAGGCCUCCACAACCACUCCUACUCCACCGGGGGUUGGUGCCCCAGGGAGCGUCGCUAUGGUGACCAGCAGCAGCAGUGGUCUUGUAUCGCCAUCAAUACCAAUGACUAUUAAAGAGGAGUUCUGAUACUGGCUUGUUCCAGAAUAUUUUUGGACAGAAUUUCACAACAUGUAACAAACACUCUUACUCAAUUACCCCCCUUAAUCAGGCAGAAGAUAUCUUUACCCAAACCACAAACU